CUGAAGAUCAUCCAGAAGGCCCUAACGCGUCCAGCUGAGCCGUGCGUUUUAGCUGAGUGUCGUCCCCGAGCCUCUGAUGACAAGAGACCGAUUCCUCUCGGCAAUGUGCUUCUGAGAGUUCUGCUGAGGAAUGAUGGGAAGUCUGCCCAGCAGAAGGAAAACACUGCCAAGCCCAAGCGUGGGCCCCUGUGUCCCAGGCCAGGGACCUGGGCCCUUGCAAGCAGAGAGGUGUAAGGCCACAGCAGUGGCCCUGGGCAGUUUCCCGGCAGGCGGGCAGGCUGAGCUGUCUCUGAGACUGGGAGAACCACUGAGCAUCAUCUCUGAGGAUGGAGACUGGUGGACCGUGCUGUCACAAAUCUCAGGCAGAGAGUACAGAGUUCCCAGCGUGCAUGUGGCCAAAAUCUCCCACGGGUGGCUGUACGAGGGCCUGAGCCGGGAGAAGGCAGAGGAACUGCUGCUGCUGCCUGGAAACUCUGGAGGGGCCUUCCUCAUCCGGGAGAGCCAGAGCCGGAGAGGCUGCUACUCCCUGUCAGUCCGACUCAGCCGCCCCGCAUCUUGGGACCGGGUCAGACACUACCGGAUCCAGCGCCUUGACAAUGGCUGGGUGUACAUCUCCCCUUGCCUCACCUUCCCCUCACUCCAGGACCUGGUGGACCAUUACUCUGAGCUGGCGGAUGACAUCUGCUGUGUCCUCAAGGAGCCCUGUGCCCUGCAGAGGAGCAGCCUACUCCCUGUCAAGGACAUACCCCCACCUGUGACUGUGCAGAGGACGUCUCUGAAUUGGAACGAGCUGGACAGCUCCCUCCUGUUUUCAGAAGCGCCCGCCACGGGGGCAGCAUCUCUUCUCAGCGAGGGGCUCCGAGAGUCCCUUAGCUCCUACAUCAGCCUGACCGAGGAUGGCUCCUUGGAUGAUGCCAAGGUCAGGAGCAGAGGUCGAAAGGGGAACCAAGGCUGUGGCACGUAGAAGCCCCACUUAGCUCAACCCCGGGACCCUGGAAGCAAGGCUGUGCCUGGUGUGAGGGGAGAACUGGGCCAGGGGCGCAUCCAGGCUUCCACCUGGGCCUCCCGCGUUGUCUUGGGCCUAAGAAGUCGCUCACCUCCUCCCCUGGCCGCGACCCUGCCUGCACCUUCUACCUGGAGUGCAGGGCAGUUGGAGGCAGGAGCAGGGCUCCAAGAGGAGAGUAAACUUCCCCCGGGGUCUGUUCAGGUCCUGAUUUGGGGAAUUCCAGCUCCAGUUUUGCCCCCUGCCUGGUCCUCUUUACAGUGUGAUCACCACUAACAUGGAGGAGGAAAAGUCACUGUAGGACACCACCUUACUCUUACCUCAGAGAGACUGGCCCAGAAGGAAGAGGCAAGCAGGUGGGCUGGGGCUGAUCACAGCAGCAGAUCCUGGGCUUCCGGCCUCCACCUGACCCCCAAACAAGCAGGAGCACUGACAAUGCAGGUCCUCACAUGUCCCCCGCAAGCCCCUUCUCUGAACAGCCCCAGCUUUCAGAUCUCCACUUCACUCUGCCGCUUAUUCAAAACCAAGCGCACCCAUUCUCCCCAACCGAGCCUUUUCGUGCUCAAGUGCAAAGCGACCCCGCCCCUUCACCGUGUAGCUCAGGCUUGGACCUUGCCUCAGCCGCCGAAGAUCAUGGGUGUGCACUGCUGCACGUGGCUCAGAGUAACACUGGCUGAGCCCAGCGUGUUGUAGGUAAGCGCAGAGCAGUACGCAGUGCGCGGGCGUGAGGAGGUAGCGAGCCCUCUCUGCACAACGCACCCAAGCACAGCCUACACCAACUGCACCCCGAUUUCCCUGCUGCCCACACCGAGGAAGAAGCCCGGCCGCAGCAGCUAAGGGAGCAGAGAGAAAAAGGAGCCACCUCCUCCGAUGCUCCUCAGAGGCUGCAAGUGAGGGGGGAAGGGGUUUAUCAGGCAUCACCAACAGGUUCUCAUUAAAGAUUUGUUUAUUCAAGUAUCUGAAAACAUUCUACAAAGGAAACAGGUCUUUGUACUGUGCUAUGGACCACACACACACUGCCACACUGUUUUCAGAAGACUUGAAAUGCCACUGAUUACAGUUUUAAAACUGUACACGGGACAGAGAACCGAGGAAAACAAUUUAAUGUUUCACCCGGAUUCAGAGAUGCACCAAAUUAAAUGACAGCUCCACUUGGCAAAUGACUGUUACAUGAUGGUAUCCAAGAAAUGGUUGGUGAUGGAUAAAUUCACAAAUGCGUUCUUUCCCAAAGCAGAUGGUUCUUUAAAAGUUUUAGGUCACAGCUCUUGUAGAAAACACUGAUGCUCAACAUUCUAAUUCUUGGUCCAGGAAACACGCGUCUUCCAGGUUCCGUGUGGCCGGGAUGGCCCAACAAUCACUUUUCUGUGCUGUAAUCUGAGGGUCCUUUGGAUUGGACAGGAAACAGGUGGGGGGCUGUCCACUAUCAGUCAUAGUGGAUGGCAGUGUAAAAGAUGAUCCAAAUGACC